CCACUAAUAAUUUGCUCUCAUUCGCACAUGUAACAUCACCUAUCUGCCCUCCCUAUUUCGGUGUAUCACCGCCAUUUUAGAUUCGUUUCAUUAUUGGCACGGGUUAUAACAAUAUUUGUAAACUUAAAAACUAUCAUUUACCAGACUAGAGUAAAUAAUAUAUUCUUUGCUAUUUUUAUUUACAUUAAAAGAGGAAAAGUAACAUGCCUAACAAUUUGUUUUUAACUAUUUAAUUAUUAUUUGCUACUGUAGGCUGAAGAAAACGUAGGUUAUUGAUAUUUGUCUCUUCAUUUCUUGUUCCAAAUUUGUUUUUAUUGUUACUUACUUCAAUAUUGUUUAUAUACCUUUUGUGAUAUGACUUCCAUUGAGUUAGAUCCGUCUAUUAAAUUGUGCCUAAAAUAUUUGCACUCAAGUGCUCCCGAUUCAACGGAACAAUUGCGAUUAACUCUUGAUGAUACGAUUCGACAAACAUAUGGUAACUCUAAGACUCUCGGUAAUGUAUUGCCUAAGAAGUACAUAAAUGAGGAAAAAAUGACUUCACCAUCGCGUUCGAAACACAAGAGUGACAAAAGUAGUGCUAAAACCAUACCAGUACCUCAACAAAGUCCGCAGCAAAUACAGAUACCAGAGCGAGAAAAUGACGAUGGAUCAGUUAUGGAUGGGGAGCUGGCUUUCGACUUUUUACAAGAAGACUUGACAUGUGUUGUUUGCCGACAAAUAGCAGUGCAAGCAGGCAACAGGCUGGUUGAAUGUGAUGCUUGCCAUUCCCUGUAUCAUCAGGACUGCCAUAAGCCUGUAAUCAGUGACAAUGACAUGAGUUCAGGAUGGCAGUGUGCUACAUGUUUAUCCUCACAAAGUUUCACAACUAGUUACCUGAAAGCAUUGUCUCCAACAAGGAUCUCUGAACCAACAACACCCAUUAAGAUAACCACAAGCUUAAUAGCAUCAUCUCCUCCAUCUAAAGUAGUAACACCAAAUAUAAAUAUAAUAUCGGCAGAUAAAAGAAUACAAAAUAUGAAAAAGAAAGCAGCAAAGCAACAUGAGAAAAAGAAGAGUAAAUGACAGUUAAAAAAAUUUUAACUUUAAUAAAUAUCAUAAUUAAAUAUUUAAAAAUACAUGGAUGUUGAAUAAGUAAGUGUAACAAAGAGUGAUAAUCUAUUUUCUAGUGAGAGUGUUACUAAUGCUGCAUUCUGCAGACAAGAACCUAACAGACUUAGUAUUAGGAUAUAAUAUAAUAUUGUGGGAUUACUGAAGUAAAUAGAAUUAUUUGAUUUGUAUUAGUUUAAUUUUAUUGUGAUAGUGUUUCAUAUGUGAAUUAUAACUUCCAAUGAUUUUGGUCCUUU